UGACCGCGCAUGAAAUUAGUCUCUGUCGUGCGCUCUGAAGUAACAGCAGCAGCGCUUCAGUCUGGGAAAAUCUUACUUCAGUCUACUGCACCACAUCCCCACUGGAAAGAGCAACAGUCACGGGCUUUUCGAGAAGAGAAAGGACACUUCUGAAGGCUAAAGGUGCGCUUGGAUUGGCUGGAUGCUGUUGGCAGGAUCUUUUCAUAGAUGAGAAUAUGACCCCAGCUGUGGUUAUUGCAGGUUAAAGAGUGUUACUGGCCAGUAUGACGGAGGUGAUAAAUACCUGUGACUCUGCAGUGGGAGACUACAGUGUGAGCGGUGCAUCUGAGGAACAGAACAUCUCUUUUCAGAUUUUCCCAGAUUCACAUGAAAGGUUCCCAAAGCUUUCCAAACGCUUGCCGUCCAUCGUGGUGGAACCCAGUGAGAGUGGGGAGGUAGAGAGCGGGGAACUGCGCUGGCCUCCUGAUGAUCUGAGCCCUACAGAUGACCCAAGAGACAAACAGGCCCAGGCUGCAAGUGACGAGCCCACAGAAGAGGUCUAUAGGGGGAUGGAAAACUAAUGGGCAAUGGUUGGCACCCAUCCAGCCAAUCACUGUGAAUGUCUUCAUAAUGGACAGGAGUGAAUGGGAGACUCCACCAGUUAGGUCUGCCUAUCAUCCACACUAGAGCCGCCCACCUGUUGACCUCCACUCCCCUAGUGAAGUCUAGGGCUGAGAGACUGUCUUAUCUGACCUAGCUCACGUGCCAAACUCUAGUGGUAGUCAGCUGCUGUGAUUGAGUUUUAAAUUAUCUCGAAUAACAUUGUAAUCCAUGAUACCCAUUAGAACUCAUCUAUGCCUGGUAAAUUAUUGAUUGGCAGUAACUUAUGUAUUUAUUUGCUUUGGACCAAAGUCUUUAAUUCUUUCCUAACAGAAGUACGUAAAUAGCUUCAUAAUCUUAAAGGAGUAUUUCACCCAAAAAGGAAAAUUCUGUCAUUUACUCAACCUUAUGCUUUCCAAACCCAUUUGACUUGUGGAACACGAAAGGAGAAAUUUAGGCAGAAUGUUAGCCUCACUCACCAGUCACUUUCAUUCAGUGUUCGAGAUGUGACAACCCUCUUGGUGAGUUAUAAUGUUUUAGUUUCGCCGAAACACUAGGUCCCUUAAAUUAUAUAGGGGAUCAGGGACCGCCCAGCCACCACCACCCCCCACCCCCCACCCCCCACCCCCACACACACAAUUCAAACAGUGCUUUCAUAGUAUGGAAUAAAGAUACAAUAAAAGUGAAUGGUGACUAAUGCUUAUCUUAUGCUAACAUCUCCUUUUGUGUUCCAAGAUAAAUAUUAUUAUGGCGUGAGUGAAUCAUGAAAAAAAUUUGUGGUGACCUACUCCUUUAAACUUUGAUAUAUGAAACAAACUUUGUAAUACAUCAAAAAUACAUUAAGUAAAAAAGUAAUUUAAAUAGUUUAAAUAUAAAAUGCAUUGUAAAUGGUACCUUAUGUAGAUAAUGUCGAUUUAAAAACCCUAUGUACAUUAGAUUACAUAUUUCAGUGUGUUUUCACAACCAUUCACACAUUCUGUUGUGUAAAACAAAGAAACAAACAAGCAAACAAACAAAGAGAAAUAGCAGUUCUAUUUUAACAUGCUUUCCAGAUAUAGACAUUUGUACAUAUUUUGUGCUAUUUGCAUAAAUUCCCUGUUAAACACAAGCUGCUGACAAGUCUCCAGAGCUGCUGUAAAUGUGGCUUUCUUAUGCCUUAGACAUUAAUCCCUGUAGUUACACCAUUUAUGUCAUAGUUAAAAUGAAAUUACUGUUUUAUGUACAUUUGGACACUAUUCUACCCUCAUUUGUAUCCGUCACCUUCCUAAGGAAAAACACAUUGGUGCUUCAGAGUCUAUUGAAUAUCAAUGUAUUCUAUUACACAUCUACUGCUCGUCUUUUGAUGUUUGAGUAUUAAUCCUAAAAUAUUAAGAAUCUGUCCGGGGGGAUGAGAAUGGGAAUGAAUGCAGCAAAGGAUAAUUUAACAUUAAAGUCAGUUAUUUCUUCAUGUGUGCACUGAUGGUCCAUCAAAAUAUCUAGAAUCUAAUCUUGACAUAUCUGUGACUUCCUGCAGACAUAUUUGGUGGUAGCAAAAGGCACUCUUAGUUGAUCACUGUGUUGACACAAGCAAUGAGUUUGGUUAUUGUAGCCCAACAGCAGCUGCGGCUUUUGAAUCGUACUCAAAAUAAUGCUUUCAUCACAGUACCUCGAGAGAACGUGACAAUAAUCCUAAACAGACACAGCCUGCUGUUUUUAAGCAAUAGUCAAGGAAAGAUGAAAAUUUUGUCACUGUUUACGUAUCCUCAUGUCAUUCCAAACUCUUUCAUCCGUGGAGCAGAAAAGGUAAAGAAGAUCCCGGGCUACUAUUUCCCAUUUAAAUAACAUGAAUGAGAACUUGGGCUGUCAAACUCCAAAAUGACAAAAACAGCUAUAUUAGUGGUCCAAAACAGUCUUCUGAAGCAUUACAACAGCUUUGUGUGAGGAACAGACAGACAUUUCAAUCUUUAUUCACUGAAAAUCUUCACAUCUGCCCAAGAUCUGCUUGGAGUGUUCAUGCAACAUGAUCACACAAGAAAUCAAUGUACUGCUACCGAAUGUUCAUGUACCCUGAAAUCAACCCCAUUCUGAAGAAUAUCUGACUAGUGCCACCCACCAUCUGACAUUUUUGGAUCAAUUUAAACAUUUCCUCAUGGCGCUACUGAUGGCACAAUAAACUAAAUAACGGUGACUGCAAUUCAGAGAUUGCUACUCUACUAAUGGUAAAAAAUGUGCAUUCCCGUUGACUGUAUUACACCAUUUACAAAAUGCCACUGGAGGCAGUGGUUCAAAUUUGGUAAACACAGACCAAUUUCAGCAGCAGAACUUUUGAACUCCUGUUGCCGAAUUCACAAUGUGAUCAGUCUGGUUCAUUAAAGUAGUGAUUCAUUGACAAAUCUUUCUAUAGAGUCUGAUCUUUUCAAUGAAUCAGUUGAUCCAGUUUAAAAAAGGAGUUGUUCACAAAUCAAUCUGAUCCAGUUCUAGAGGUCAACUCACUGACCUGGUUGCAAACAGCCCACCAAAAGGGAAGAUUAUCACUGAAUAACGACUUAAUUUAACUCUGUUCUUCACACAAAGGUGUCUUGAAAUACAGCGCUGAGACCCAAUCGUGACGUCUGUGUGCAUUUUCCAUUUCCUUUUUUUAUUUGUAAAUAUUAAUAAACAAGCAAAAAAAUAUAUAAAAAAAAUUAUUGUACAAAUAUUUGUCCUAAAAAUGUAUGUCAACGUGUGUGGACAAUGGGACCAAUUUGUGAAAUUUAAAAUAAUUCUAAGCUGUUAUGUUUUCAGGAGUGUUGGUUAUUCACGUUUUUGAGAUGUAACAGACAUUACAUCAGAAAUUAGCACUAUUAGUAGUGUUCAGCACAA